AUAUUGAUGGUGUUUAGGGCCUUUUUUAGGCUACUUGCUGCGGUUAUGGCCAAUUGCGACUUAAGUUUUUGAUUUUGUUGAGAAUUAGGUUACGUUUCCAUAAUUUCAGUAAGUUUGGAUAUUUGUCUAGAUUGAAUUGCUGCUUUGUUUAUAAGAGUAAUCACAAUAAUUUCUGGGUGUGUAGGAUUUUUUAUAAGGGUCUAUAUAGGCUCAGAAGAUACAGAGAAACAGUUUAAUUUGACUCUGUACUCUUUCGUCUCAUCAAUGCUUGUUUUAGUGGUGGCUAGAUCAAUGCCGGUAGUAUUGCUAGGGUGGGACUGAUUAGGGGUGACUUCCUUUUUGUUAGUGAUGUAUUAUGAAGGGAAAAAGUCUUUUGAUGCAGCAAUAAUCACUGCCUUAACUAACCGUGUUGGAGAUGCUUUACUAAUUUGCAGAGCAGCCGGUAUGUGUAUAGCAUCUGACUUAAGUUUAGAUAUAAAGCCCUAUUGCUGAAGGUUUAUUUUUAUUGUGGGUUGUAUUACAAAAAGGGCUCAAGUGCCUUUUAGAAGGUGGCUUCCUGCUGCAAUAAUGGCCCCGACUCCGGUUUCUUCUUUGGUUCAUUCUUCUACCCUAGUAACGGCUGGAAUUUACCUGUUAAUUCGAUCUUCGACUUUUUGGUUAAGUUCUAAUGCAGCUUGUAGGUUAUUAAUGGGGGUUGGCAUCAUCACAACUACCAUUGCAGGGGUAAGGGCAGUUAUGGAAAGAGAUGUAAAAAAAGUUGUUGCAUUGUCAACGCUAAGGCAGCUCGGAAUCAUAGCUUUUAGCUUAGGUUUGGGGGAAGUUGAGCUGGCUUUUAUGCACCUAGUGUGCCAUGCAUUUUUUAAAGCUGGGAUGUUUUUAAGAGUUGGUUCAAUAAUCAGCCACAAUGCGGGUAACCAGUUUUUUAGAAGAUUUGGUAUAAGUGUUGCAAGUCUAUCUCCUUCAGCUGUUUUUGGGUUAUUUAUGGGAAGGGUCUCUUUAAUGGGAAUUCCCGGAACCGCUGGGUAUGCUUCUAAAGAGUCAAUUGUUGCGUCUGGCUACUCAACAAAUUCUUGGUUCAUAGUGGGUUUAUUGUAUUUAGGUAUUGGGUUAACUGCUACUUAUUCAGUCCGUGUUCUUGUUGGGGUUACCAGACUAGCUAAACAUGGAAUUCGAGACUUCUUAGGAUCCCGAGAGACUUUGAUACUCUCUGCUCCCGGGGUAUUUUUGGUAUUCAUAGGGCUGAUUGGAGGAGAAUUCGUGCUUUUGAGGUCUUCUGGUGGGUUUUUCUUUGAGGCGCUCUCUUCUAGCGAAGCCUGAUUUUAUCCUUAUUUACUGGUAAUAACUGGGGUGUUUGUCGGGACAGUAUUGCAGUUGAUUUUGACAAAAUUUUAUGAACUUCGGUUUAAAUGAAUUUAUGGUAUAAUUUACCUAGAUUUAAGCUCACGUUCUCUUGUAAGUGAUAAAGGCAGAGUUAGGUUCUCUGGGGUGUCUGGGGACGGAGAAAACGUGGCUGAGGUCUCUAUUCCAGUUAGAGCUUUAGAGAUAGGCUUAGGAUAUCUUUCCAAUUUCCAUAAUGUAAUUCAGCGAGCAUCCGUAACCUCCGGGGUUGGGGCUAGCUUAGGUCUUGGUAGUGCGUAUGUAGUGUUCUAA